AUGUUGAUGGGAGAGUAUAAGACCAAUUUAAAAGCUGUAUUCCCGUGUGAAUCUACUGAAAAACACAAGUUACAGUAUAACACGUACUUAAGUAAAAAAAGUGCCACUGGUUUUGAAUUAGUAGGUAAUAUAACCUAUUUAAUUCCAUUCGACGAUUCACUUACCCUUAACAUCAAUAUGGCCAAAAGAGGAUCAAUCGGCGGUUGGGUAGAUAACGCACAUGUCUAUACCACGACUAAGGCUUGUUCGAAAAUGAAGGAAUUAUUUGAAAAUGUGUGGCAGCUUUAUGUCAAAGGAUUUCAUUUUUCUGAUAUGGAUUGUCCAAUAAAGCCGGGCGUUUAUGUGUCAUCUGGAAUCGAUCUUGGCCAAUUGACGGACACUAAUUUCCCCAAGGUUUUUUUCUACGGGGAGUAUAAAAUGGUGUUAACGUUCCCGAGCAGUAAUAACGUGGAAAAACUUGGGUGUUCUGUGUUAGUUUUAGAUAUUUUAAGACCCUGGGAGAGUUAA